AUGUCAACCAAUCCAACAGAGCAUCCAUCGUCCUCAUCGUCAUCUUCUUCACUGGGCUCAUCACCGACAUUCACCAAUGACAAAAAAGGUGUAGGAUCACCUCGCACUGGUAGAGCUACCAACUUUGUUCCUCCACGCCUCGUGGAUCAAGCUGAUACACCACCUCGUCGAUCAUCCUUAUCCAAAGAUCCAAUGACACGGGUCAGUGGGUCAGCAUCAAGUUCCCCUCUUUUACCAAGGAAUCCUGUGAUGGGCGAUGCUGCCAACACCACCACCACCAAUAAGGAACGACCUUCAUUACGAGGACCCUCUGUGCUCGAAGCCAAUCCAACAGAGAACCUGAGAUCAUUACUUGAUAUGGUGACUUCCCUUGUCAAGACCCGAACGGGGAGUGUGUUGACUCGAAAUACAAUCUUAAAGAUGGAUCAUUUUGCAAGCGGCACCAACACUAGGCUUGAUUUCCAUUUACAAGGCGCUCCCAACUUCCGUGUAGCCGAUUUAGAUGUUUAUGGUGUUGCUCAACCCACAGUAGUUGGCUUAUCAACCAUCCUUGCCCUUCUCAAUUGCCAUCCAAAAAGUUUAACACAGACCUCUUGUACAUGGUUUUCCACUCGUGAAGAGCCGCUGGUCUACUUGAAUGGGUUCCCUUAUGUCUUGCGUGAUUAUGCGGAUCCUAUGCAAAACAUGGUCACCUUCCAGGGUAUCAGCGCAGGUCGACUCGAGAAAUUGGAGGAGAGAUUGAAAGCCGAUGUUGUCAAGGAAGCAAAGAGCAUGGGAGGAUUGUUGUUGGUUCAUCAGGAAUUGUCUGAUGGUACGAUUGUGCCAUGUUAUAUCGCUGCUGAUUCGGUGCAGACUCCUUUGGAAGUCUUCAAUUCCUUCCGAGAGCAAGGUUAUCGCGUCAAGUACUUUAGAAUCCCAAUCUCGCCUGAGCAAGGUCCCGAAGACAAUUACUUUGAUGAAUACGUACGUGUGAUCAAGGCGUUGAAACCAACGGAUCCCCUCAUCUUUAAUUGUGGCAUGGGAGCUGUAAGAACUACGGUUGGCAUUAUUAUUGCCCAAAUCAUUCGACGCACCCAAUUGAUUGAGCAAGGUCAAGCUGAUCCAUUCCCAAUCGCUGGUUGGAAUUAUUCGGUGGGCAACAGUGAUGAUCCUGAGAGUCUCCAGCGUGUGUUUUCACCUGAGCUUGUGCGUGGUCUUGAAGAAGCGGAUUCUUUGAAUGCUCAAAAUCGUGCACUUUUACGUGUUGUUUCCAUUAUGCAAAAAGCAUUGGGAUAUCGUAUGCCAUCGGGUACAGCUGUGGAUUGGGCCUUGGAAAGUAGAAAGUUGAUGGAAAAUCUCAAGGAGGCUAUCAUGGGCAAUUAUCGUGCUAUGAUCUCGCUUACUUCGGUCCUCGAGAAUGGCGCAUUCAACAAAAAGUUAUUGGAUGAGCUCAUUGAUGAAUCGGAUGCCGUGGUCAACUUGCGUGAGGAUAUUUUAUUCAAUCGAUUGAAGCAGACCAGUGUCCAAGGCGCAUCGGAUAACUCACCCUAUCUGAAAAAGGCACUCAGCGGCUUGCAACGCUACUUUUUCCUUUUAUGCUUCACCUCCUACAUCAACGAGUCACCCGACACACGCUUUGAAACACGAUUCUCAUCUUGGGUCAAGGCACGUGCUGAGAUUUGGACCAUGCUGCAACACAUGCGAUACAAGGGACCACGUCUUUAUCUCUUCCGCCCCGUGGAUGAUUUACGUGGAUUGAAUACCAAUGGAUCACAUGAGACUGCCCUCACUGUACGUCAUGGUAUCCGCCAUGUAGGCCCAAGCAUGUUUGAAAUGGUGGGUGCAGGUGCUCAAUCCGGUAUUGUUGCUGGUGAAAUGGAAGAGUUUAUUCUCAAGGCACGCACAGGUGUUGUGUUAACCUCGCAAACCAUCCUCAAGGUCGACUUUUGGCGCAUCAAUCAUCACAUCCAGGAACCUGAACAUAGCCCUAUGCGUACACCUGGUAUUCAAGAACGUCGCGAGCCUGAUUUCAAUGAUGAUGCACAAGAAAUGCAUCACGUGUUCCGAGUCGAUGGCGCUAGCCACUUUAGACGUGUAGAGAGCACGCAUGUGUAUGGUGUAGCCCAACCCACGGUGGAAGGUCUUCGUAAGGUGGUGCGUCGAUUACUCAAGGAUCGUCCACGUAACGACAAGAUUCUUUGGAUCAAUCUUCGUGAAGAACCCAUUAUUUACAUCAACGGUGUGCCCUAUGUCUUGCGUGAUCGCUACUUUACGCUUCGCAAUAUCCGUGUUUACAAGGGCAUUACAGGCGAACGCUUGGAGCAAUUGGAAGAGCGACUCAAGGAAGAUGUCAUUCGAGAAAUACUCAAUCAUGAUGGCCGCAUUUUAUUGCAUGGCGAAGAUACCAAUGGCAAUGUUCAACCUGCUUGGGAAGAAGUGGAUAUCAAUGAUGUGUGCACUGUACGCGAAGUCAUGGAUUCAGUGGCAUCGGAAAUGUAUCGUGAGAUGGAAGGUGGCGACGACGAUGAGCAUGAUUUGGGUUCCUUUUUGAGCUAUUACCGUGUUCCUGUCACAGCCGAAAAGUCCCCUGAAUGGAACGACUUUGAUGAAUUGCGUCAUCUUAUUACACGAGUCGACCUUUCAAAGACAGCAUUGCUCAUAAACUGCCAAAUCGGGUUGGGUCGAUCCACUUUGGGUACGGUGAUUGCCACGCUUUUGACAAGAUGGUUACGUCAAGCUGAUAGACCCCAGGCUGUUGAAUCCCCUGACGCGAAUGAUCUCAUGCGACCCCAACGACUCAACUACCAAAUCAUCAACAGUCUCUUGCGUGUGAUCAGAAAUGGAUUGGAGAACAAGUGGAUUGUGGAUGAUGCUGUCGACAAGUGUGGUGCAUUCUUGAACUUGCGUGAUGUGAUUGAAUCAGCCCAUGUGCAAAUGGAGAGUGAAGAAGAUGAAGAAAAGCGACGUCGCAUCCUCAAGCGUGGCAUCGUCAUGCUCGAACGCUACUUUUUGCUUAUUUGCUUCCAAGCCUACCUCGAUGAUACAUCCCCUGACAUGCUGGGUCAAACCGAAUCCUUUGAAGCAUGGAUGAAUCGCCAUCAAGAAAUUGCCACCAUUCGACUCGAAUUACGUUCUGAAGAUGCCAACUUGAUCGUACCUGUGGAAAAGUCUUUGGGUGAUGGUGUUGCCCUUUCCAGCGAAGUGAUGCGUGUUGUGAGUGGUCGUCAUGGUCAAGUGCUUGCUCAACAAACCAUCCUCAAGCAUGAUGCCUUCCCCGGUUGUCAAAAGGCUAGUCUCAAAGAAAAGGUGGAAGGUGCUUACAACUUCCGUCGAGUCGAGGUGAAAAAGGUCAAGAAUGCUGUCAAGUAUGGUGGUUUGGCUGCCAAUCAAAGUGGUCUCUUGGCUGAUAUGGAACGCAAUGACGAUGAUAAGGCCGUGGCACCUUUUAUUUGUGGCUGUGCUAUGCCUACCAAGGAUGCUAUCAAGGCCGUAUUAAAGAGGAUGAAUGCUGGCCCUGGUGGUAAACGACGUGUGCUUUGGACUUGUCUUCGCGAAGAACCUGUGCUUUACGUGAACAAGAGACCCUACGUAUUACGUUUGUUCCAUGAUCCUAUCAAGAAUCUUGAAACCACUGGUAUUGCUCGUGAACGUGUAGAAGGCAUGGAACGCCGCAUGCAACAAGAUGCAUUGGAAGAAUUGCAAGAAUACGAUGGUCGUCUUUUAUUGCAUGAUGAAGAGGUCCUGGAUAAGGGUGGCUUUGUGCUUGUGCCUGUUUGGGAAACGGUACCAGUUGGAUGUAUCGAAACACCAAGCGAUGUUUUCAAGUCCAUCGCUGAAGAAGGAUAUCAAGUGGAUUACUUACGUAUACCAAUUACCGAUGAACAAGCUCCUAUUCCCGAUGUCUUUGAUCAACUUAUUCGACGUAUUCAAAAUGCCAAUGCUGGCGUCGACGUUUUAUUCAAUUGCCAAAUGGGCCGUGGCCGUACAACAACUGGCAUGGUGACCGCUUGUCUCAUGUCCAUGAUUCUCAAGAAUGAUGCACUUGGUGAUAUGACAAGUUCCUUUAUUGCUGAAUCAUCUUCUAUGGAGACAUCCUUGAAAGCCUUAUCUUUGGGUAACGGUGAUGAUCGUGAAGAGGGUGAUGAAUCGCAUGAAGAGCGAGAACGCUAUGAAAACGGCGAAUACAAGAUUGUGCUUCAACUUGUCAGUGUGCUCACUUAUGGAAAGCUUGCCAAGCGCUUAACCGAUCAAGCCAUCAACAUGUGCGACCAUAUGCAAAACUUGCGCAAAGCCGUCUUUGACUACAAGCUUCGUUUGGAUGCCAUUGAAGAUCGCAAUUCUAAAAAGUACAAGUCGACACGACAAGUGGCUCUCAAUUACCUCGUGCGCUACUUUUAUCUCAUUGUAUUUGCCAAUUACUUGUUGGAGGAAAUGGGUAAUCUCUCUAUGGCCUCUUCUAUGGAAACAGCCAGUGCGGUAUCGUCUACUACGCCAGACCUGGAAACCCAAGAAAGUCAAGAUAGCAUUGUGGAUGAAGAUGCACGCAAAAUGACGACAUUCAAUGAAUGGCUUAAAGGACGACGGGAGAUCCUCAACAUCCUCAAGCUUCAAGCCUUUGAUCUUUCUUAA